UAGGUUCUUACUUCUUCGACUUUUCUCUCUCUCUCUCUCAGUUGUUUCAACCAAAUUCCCCCUUUUCUAGGGGUUUCGUUGAAUUUUUCUCGGUUUCUUUGUUUCCCCGCACAGAUGUGUGAUUGAAGAAGAAGAUUACUAAGAAGCUGAAGUUGAAGUUGAAGUUUUAGGAGGUGCGCGCGCGCGCGUGUGAUCAGGUCCUCAGGUGAAAGAUCUGAGGCUCACAUUUUCAUUUUAAUAAUAAUUAGAGAAGAGAAGGAAAAUGAGCGCUUCGAGAUUUAUUAAGUGCGUCACGGUUGGUGACGGAGCUGUGGGUAAAACUUGCUUGCUGAUUUCCUAUACCAGCAACACCUUCCCUACGGAUUAUGUGCCAACUGUUUUCGACAAUUUCAGUGCUAAUGUGGUUGUCAAUGGAAGCACUGUUAACUUGGGGUUGUGGGAUACUGCUGGACAGGAGGACUAUAAUAGGUUGAGACCUUUGAGUUAUCGUGGAGCAGAUGUUUUCAUACUAGCGUUCUCUCUUAUUAGCAAGGCCAGUUAUGAAAAUGUUUCAAAGAAGUGGAUCCCAGAGUUGAAGCAUUAUGCACCUGGUGUCCCAAUAGUUCUUGUUGGAACAAAGCUUGAUCUUCGGGAUGAUAAACAGUUCUUUAUUGACCAUCCUGGUGCUGUGCCCAUUUCAACUGCUCAAGUAAAGAAUUUCGUCAUUCUGGAAGAUAGCUCAAUCGUUUUGUCUUUCAGUUCAUUUCCACAAGUUCGGUUAUUUUUUAAUUUCUUAAUACUUGAACUAUUUUUCUACUUCAAGGGAGAGGAGCUUAGGAAGCUGAUUGGUGCACCUGCUUAUAUCGAAUGCAGUUCAAAAACACAGGAGAACGUGAAGGCCGUCUUUGAUGCGGCCAUAAGGGUUGUUCUUCAACCUCCAAAGCAGAAGAAAAAGAAGAGCAAAGCACAAAAGGCUUGUGCCAUCUUGUGAUCGAAUAGGUGUAAAGAGAUAAAAGCAAUUGUCUGUCUUACCCUUCUUCCCCUUCCUAUCUUCUUAAUUCCCUUUGCCCUUGAAGAAGCUGUGAAGCAUCAGGUGGUUUGUUGUUACUUUCUCGGAAUUGUUUUGAUCUCUAAUUGUCAUCGGAGUACAUGGUUGCCAACUUUAGUUAACUGCUUGAGUUGUUUGAUGUAUUAAUAACAGUUAGGAAAACACCUUGAUUUGCGUGGACAGUUAUAUUUAUUACUUUUGUAGUGUGCUCCAAAGGCUCUCAAUUUGUGUUAUGUUACA